AUGAACGUUCUCAUCACCAAGCUUUAUCGGGAAGGAAUCAGACGGAAUGUCGGGGACGUGUUCCGGAUCCAAGUUAUCAACAACCAAUCGGUGCUUAGUGGAUCAGGGGGUGGAGGUAGUGCCGGAAGAAGAGGAUCAAGUGGGACCCAAGCUUUGGAAGUACGUUCGCCAGUAUUGACUUUAGGGUCUACAUCGUUUGUUUACAUUAAGACAGGUCAGAUUUGGCUCUGUGCUGUGGCCCGGUCGAAUCAAGAUUGUUCUUUGAUCCUCGAGUUUCUUUUCAAGUUGAAAGUGAUAUUACAGAGCAUUAUAGUCAAUUGGAGAACACGUAAUGGCGGGAACCACAAGGCCGAAGCCGCUUUAGAUCUGAUUACGGGUAUGAAAUCGGAUGGUACCGGAGGAGGAAUCAAUGGUGAUGAUAAGGAUUGUACAGAUGGAGUAUUAAGUAGUGGAGUGAUUGAGAAUACAGAACUUACCAGUCAUGGAAUAUUGGCACUGUAUUCGCUUGUAUAUGAUGUUUUAGAUGAGAUAGUUGAGUUUGGGUUCCCCAUAGAUUUGGACUGGGGCUUUUUGAAACAGAGGUUUGGCAUCAACAAGGAGUCGUCCAAGAGCUCACUGAGUCGAGGCUCUUCUCGGAUGAAAAUGAGAUGGGGGUCUUCUAGUGGUCUUGGUGGUGGUGGAAGUGGAAGUAGUAGUGGUAAUGGAAAUAGCAAGGAUAAAACCAGUUUAUCAUCCAAUGAUGGGUACUACAACGAGAAUAGAGUUGUGCCCUGGAGACAAACGGGAAUCAAGUACAGACGGAACGAGAUCUUCUUGAACGUCCAGGAACAUAUCAACAUGUUGAUGACUGCAGAGGGAGAAAUAUUAAGAGGCUAUGUCAAUGGGAAGAUCAUGAUGAAGUGUAAGUUACUGGGAAUGCCAGUGUGUCGAUUUGGAUUGAAUGAUAAUGCAAAGUUCUCUGGAGACGUUGACGUUGACGAUUACAACGACGAUCUUGACGUUGAUGGAGAUUCCAGGGUUGAACUUGAUGAUUGCCGAUUCCAUGACUGUGUUGAACUACAAAAGUUCCACACAGAGAAGAUGAUUGAAUUUAUACCUCCGGAUGGAGAGUUCCAGCUCAUGAGUUACCAGUGCAAUAGAAAUGUACAGCUUCCAUUUGAGAUUCAUACUUCGGCAGUGGAACAAAGUAAUAGGCUAAUAAAGUAUCUGAUUCGACUUUCAUCGUUAUUCUCUCUGAAGAUAUCUGCCACCAAUGUGUCUAUGAAGAUUCCUGUUCCAGCAACCCUAUUGAAAUCUGAACUUUUCACUAGUGCCAGCGGAGGAAAUGCCAAAUAUGUGCCUGAAGAUCUGGUGGUUGAUUGGAAUUUUGGAAAGUUCUAUGGUGGACAAGAUCAUUACCUUAAUUUAGAAGUUAGUACGUCUACUGAUAGUGACCAGCUUGCGUGUGUGGCUAUUAAUUCUGCUUAUAUUCAUGCUAGAAAGCCUCCUAUUCGUCUAAGCUUCCACUUGAACAUGUUUUCAUGUCUGGGAUUACAAGUGAAGUAUUUGCGGGUGAACGAACGGUCGAAUUAUCGAACAGUAAAGUGGGUAAAGUAUUCUUCAAAUUCAGGUAAUUAUGAAGUAAGAGUAUAA